AUGGGGAUGCAAGGCCCGCUCGUGGCCCAGGCCCUGGGCCGCUCGCCAUUUGACGAUGUAGUUCAAGGCGAAGGGGAUGACGACCCGCGGAUACCAAGUCAGCAAUACGAUCAUGGUGGGCGUCCAAUCAACCCCGAUACUAUGAGGAUCAACAGGGACAUCAUCCGGUCACACAACCAGGUCAUGUUUAUUAUUGGUAUAGCUGAACCUGAAAACCCGGGCCCUGAAGUUGAUUCGCAGAGACGGCAUGGCGCCUAUGAAGAAGCAAUUGGGCUGAAGCUGGCAUCUUCUGCUAAGCGUUGUGUGGAGGCAGUUGGGCUAUUUGGUGUCAAUGGUCUAAGGGAUCGGAUCCUGGUGAAGCGCCUUUCUCCAAUCACCAAACUCUGCACUAUCCAUGUCGUUGUGGCUAAUUGUCAAGCGCGACGAGAUUUCUCAAUCUCUAGGGACAUUCUUGCUGGCGCUCCCGCAAACUUGUUGUCAAAUUAUAUUGAGUUCUCAGUCGCCCGGUUGUGGCUUGGUGAACAGGAAAAACUGACUGCUCGGCGCUGUGUUCACGAAGUGUGGUCAUAUAUCCGAGUUCAUCUAGAACUACACAUAUCCCUACAAAGACUUGGCUUGAUAUCGAGUAGUCAAUGGCUACCCAGACCCUCCUUUUUUAUUCCCUUUACGCAAGAAUCACCGAUUGUCGCCCCGCCGCCGCCCGAAAACUUUGGAGUCUUUGCAAUUUUGCAGUGGCUGGGUAGUGCCUUAAUAAUCAAUGCCCCGUUUCUUGUUUUUGUUAUGACCCAGCGAAUGGUUCGUGAUUGGAAGCCGCACAUAUGGGCCGAGACGUUCAAGCGCCUUCCCAGCACCGUCUUCCGUGGUAAGACGAUACCGCAAGCUCCGCCGUCGAUGUCACAGUCUUUCAUGAACGAGGCUCCUAGUGAGAUUCACAGCAAUGAAGGAGGUUCGCCUGUGGCGCCUGUGGAUAACCAGAUGCCAACUGACACGGGGAGCAUGGAAGUUGUUCGUCGGCCAAGUAUAUUCUCGGCCAGAGGCGAUGACUAUGGGAGCGAUGAGGAGGACAACGAUGUGAUAAGGGCGACUCUAAUCAGUUUUGACGUCGAAGCGACUGAGUCUACGGAUGCUCCCCAAGGGCUAUGGAGCGCAGAAUUGCGGCCAAGCGUUGCCAACACAGAUUCAAGAGCGUCUGUUAGUUCUCAGCCAACGUACUUGGAUACAUUGCUCACCCAGAUCCCGGCGCUGUUGGCAUCGCAUAUGCUUGCCAACUCCAUAACACGGCUGUUGAUGACUCCGUAUGAUGCGGCGGCCCUGCGUCUAGUGGCACGAGCAUUCUGCUUGCGAAAUGGCCUACCUUACCAAGACAUAUGCGAGACUAAUCUUCUCAGUAAUUGUUCUUGGACGUCACUCAUGAAUUAUCUGGGGACAGAGUUUUUGCACCUCUCCCUCACCACAGAGGUUUGGGCGGUUUUCACCGGCCUUUCUCAGUGGUAUCACUUUUCCGAGGAAGAAUGGACAGCUGAAGAAGCAAAGAACUAG